UUGAGUUUCAACAGCUGAUGCAGUUUGAAUCUGUUGGUGCCAGUGCACGAUGCUCGGAACUGCUUCAUGUCGGCAACGAUUUUACACGGUGCCUUUAUCAGUGGCAGUAGGUCAUAUUCAAGUGAUCACCCAACUCGCGUUGCGCUCAAUUUUGAGACCGUGUUGAACUUCCAGCCUCAUGUCAUCAAAUGCGGAAACCGAAAAGGACUUGUUCAGAGAUACCCCGGUUAGAUUUCUAGGCUAUGCAAAUGAAGUUGGAGAAGCAUUCCGAGGUAUCAUCAGUAAUCGAGCGGUCAAUUUCACAUAUGGAAUUGCAUCAACCUAUGUGGCAGCAGAUGCUAUUCAUAAGGCUACCGAGGCUCAUUCGAACUCUACGGAGAAUGGACGCAUCAAAAAGACCUUCCUAGUAUUCUGUGAUGUACUACUAUGGCAAGCUUUUGCAUCUGUGAUAAUCCCUGGUCUACUCAUCAACCGUGUUUGUUAUGCAGCACGAUACUGCCUGCGUAAUGUGCAAACAAAACGGGUCGACAAGCAAUAUCUUGUUAGUGCAAUAGGGUUAGCUACUAUUCCGUUCAUUGUUCAACCAAUUGACAGAACCGUUGAUCAUGCAAUGGACACAGCCGUAAGACCACAUUUACAACGUUUUCAUUUUGAUCCAGAAGAUGCACCUGAUUAGAUGUACAGUGCAUCACUUACUUAUAAUUGUGAUACUAUCAGCAGCUUUUGCUUUGCUUAGAAAAUUGUAUUGAAACCUGAUUUUUCAACACUGAGCUGUUUUUUGAGCUUUGUAAUCUCUAGAUGCCAUUAGGGCACUGGGCAUCAUUUCAAAGGCAAUGCCUUUGAAAAACAUUUUACAUUUUAAAAAGACUAUUAAAUACUCAAAAACUCUUUUUCAGUAUACUUGAAGUGGAAUUUACAAGAGAUAAAAUUUAAGGAAAAGCGUUAAAAAACUCUUAAAAAGUAUGUGGUAAUACCUAUUCUGGGGGAGACUUUUACAUACAGUUCACAAAGAGUCAACAUUUUAUUUUGAAAAAUAGCCAAUAGGGUUUCCUGAAACUGACAUUUUAACAAUUUUUUUAAGAGUUCUUGAAAAUUGCUCAUUAAAAGUUACUGCUAUAAAGGUGGAUUUUCAUGAGACUGAAAAAAAGUUUAGGGCAUAUUCUAUUUUUAAAACAAAGGAACGCAAAAGGAUAUUGAAGGAAUUAAAUUUAAAACUGAUUUAAGUUGUACAAAAACUUUUGAUCAAACAUCAAAACAACUCGUUUGAAAUACACUAAAAGGUAUGCCUGGUUGUUCUAAAAUGCUUUGGUUGAUAAUAAAAAUCAAGAAACGCCUUACAUCUAGGUAUUUAAUGAUCUUGCAUAAAGUUCAUGACGUUUAUAGACUGAUUUGAUUCUUUGUGAUUUACUUAGAUAAAAAUAUAUUUUACAAAAUUAGGUCUAUGCCCAUUCAGAGACACAGUUCCUUCAUUGUCUACCUUGAAAUGUAACCAGAGAACCUUCCAAGAUGUAUUGAAUCGCUCCACACCUGCUGGAAAAAAGUAAAAAAAUAAAAAUAAAAUAUAUAAAUCUUAGAUUAGCAUUAAUGUUUCUGAAUUUUUAGAGGCAUUGGCAUUGAAAAAUAAAAGAAAAGUCCAAGAACAACUCACUUGCUAAGAAAACAAGGGAAAAAAAUCUGUGAGGACUUAUAUUUAAUGAUCAAGUUGGAAAUAGUUCUUUGUCUCACAAGCUUCAUCAUUAUGUCUGUGAAUGGUGUGCCUUUGAUGAAGUAGAAAGUGUUUGGUUGAUCCCUGAGAGUCCUAAAAAUGAUGAGUGCCUAAUAUAAUAAGCUAAAGUUUACAACAAAAUUGUGCAAAUAUUCCUUCAGACCCAAGCACCAGAUACCUUCAUGCUGAGUUGACCAUCGAUAAUUGCGUUAGUAUUUCAUUACAAUAUUACGUUUUGUUUCUCAAAGGAAAAGAAAAAAAUACAUAGACUUUUUUUUAAUCCUGCCACUCAUUGAUCUUCAGACACUCAUGCAUUUCAUUAUGUGAUCGUAUAAUUGAAAUAUAAAAAAGUUAUUAUUGUUUAGAGUCAUUUUUUCUAUCAAAAAACCUUUGGUUUCAGUUGGCCUUAGGCUGAUCUACACAUAUAUUCCAAAAACUUGAUAGUACUUGUGUCAGGGAACCGGAGAAUUGCCUGCCCCAGAUGUCUGUGUCUAAUUCAUUACGUACAAAUCUCAUCCCAUCAUCCUAAACCAAAUAACAGCACACAUUUUUAUCUGAUGUCUAAAUCCAUGUACCUAUUUACAUGGAUGUAAAAAUAAAUAAAUUUUAUAAAUAUUUAAAAGCGCA